AUGCCAAACAAGAAAUCCAAGCCUAAUGCCUCGAAGGGCAAGAGUCCAGCUCAACCCUCUGGAGCGGCAAAGGCGGCGGUUCCUGCCCCCGCUACAGCUGCCGAAGAAACGACUCCCUAUAUUCCUCUGACCCUCCCGAAGCCGAGCAUCACGGACGACUUUUGGACCAAGAACGCCCGCGCCAAAGCCCUGAUCCUGUCGACCUUGGUACCGGGCAGCGAAGCAUGGAAGAUUGCCGAACCAAUCGAGAUCGCGUCCGACAUCUGGAGGGCAUUGGAAGAUUACUUCACACCGAAGCGGCUGAAGGCGAGGGCAAAACAAGCAGCAGCCUCUGCGGAUGCAAGCAGCAGUAGUGCCAGUGCUGGUGUUGGUGCUGGAGCAGGAGUGGGAGCUGGAGCUGUUGCCGAUGCUGGUGCAAGUAAGAGGGAAGUGGAAGCUGUCAACGGCAAACCCUCGGCGUCUACAAACUCCGCCUCAGGCUCCGUUGCAGGGAAAUCGGUGGAAAAGGAGGAUAAGAACAUCGACAUGCCCAGGGACAAACCCUCAACACCGCAACCGGUCGUGGCCACAUCAUCCAGACCUUCGAGCCAAGUUCCCUCGAAUGUGGAGGAUACUCGCGAAGAAGCCGCCGAAGACGUCGAUGUCGAGUAUAGCGGAUCCGACAACGUCAUGCCCGAAGGUAUCAGAAAGGCGUUCGAACAGAGCAAGGAGGUUAUGGCACUACUUGAGGCUCAGAUGAAGGCGUCGCUCCAUAAAAGUGCCGACAUCGCCGAUAAUGACAAGUUCGCCGCCACGCUGGAUGCUCAAAGCGAGGCUCUAGUCAAACUUCAUGCGGAAAUUCUAGCCCAUGCUCCCGCCGAAGUUCAAGCUCAGGCUCAAGCUCUAUUUCAGGCCCAGGGUAAGCCCAUAGCAGACGUUAGCGCUCUAGCUGCAGCUCCAGCGCAAUCGCUAGUCCAAGUCCAGUCGCAGGUUGAGGAUCAGCCGCAAGCUCAAUCCCAAUCUGACGCUCAUGCUCAACCUCAACCUCAAGUCCAAGCGCUGGCCGCGGCCGCGGCUGCGCCCUCGCCCUCGCCCCCCACCGCAGCACCUGUCCCGCGCCUUUCGUCGCUCACGCCCUCGGGCCGCUGGAAAGCGCACCGAGUCAAGCACGACAGCUACCUCAGCGAACACCAGGCUCUGGCCUUUGCGCAGGACGACCAGGACCGCAAGAAGCAGAUCCAGGUCGCCGCAACAAAGGUGCUGAUGCAGAAACUGCCCACGCGGGACCUGAGGCUGCUGUGGGCCGUGCUGUACGGCGGCGAGGAUGCCCCCUGGCCCGGAUCGUGCUCGGGCGUCAUCCCGGGCGUGACCACCUUGCAGUGGCAGAACAAGAGUUAUGAGAUGGACCACAAGACGCUGGGAUGGAGUUGGAAUAGCAAAGGGGACGACAAGGGCUGA